GCACCCCGCGCCCGCCUGUCAGUGUCAUGCCAGUGAACGUUUUCGUUUGUUGUUGUUGUGAGUGUAAAUUGUAAAAUGAUGUGGACAAAAUGAAACGCUCAUUUCAAGACGAGUUUUUGAAAGCUGUUGCGGCAAAGAACUUAACAAACAAUGUUGGUGUGGGAGAAGAUUCACAAAAUAAUACGAAUUUUACUUGUAAAAAUAAGAAACCUCGCGGAAGAAAAAGAAAGCAGUCUUUUAAUACUAUUGCAGAUGAAGAAGAUGACUGGUACGAGCUACACAGCCAGAGGAAAAAGAAAACAUCGUCGCGCAGUUCCAAUAAAGCAGAAAGCACUGCAGUAAUAACAGCUAUCUGUGAAGACGCAGAAGAACCAAAUCCAGCGACUGAUGAUCCCUUAGCCGAUUAUGAUCAAGACAUUACUUCAACUAUAAUAAAAGACGAAGAUCUUAUAGAGCAAAUAGAAGACGAAAAUAUUAAAACAGAAUACAUCAUACAUGAUUUGGAGACGAGUCACCGCAGUUCACCAGAAAUAACAAACGUACUCAUUAAUAUUUCCCAAUGUAUAGUUAGUACUACAAGGCUGAAUGACAUGGCUGUUUUGAACAUGGAAAGUAAAUUGACCCCACAAGAAAUAUUCGCUGCAAUAGAUAUUGAAAGUCGACCGACAAUUAUAAAAGCUUGCGAUUUUCUAGAGCAGAGAAAUAGUUUAGAUUUCAAUGAGUUACAAGAACGAAUUGGGGAACUUAAUCAUGGCAUUCAAAAUAAUACUACUAAAACUCCAGAGUCGUCACUUCUUGUGCAGCCAAAUUUUAAUGUGGGACCAUGUAAAACUAGUAAUGAAGUUCCUAAACAUCGUGGUGUCACAGGCUCGUCAGACGUCAGCACGUCUGCAUUGUGGCAACAUGUUGAAACUAAAGAAGAAUAUAUAGAUGAAUCUAAUACAAAACAAACCGGUGCCAGACAUUACACCAAACUUAAAAAAAAACUUCAAGUCCUGCUAAUUGAUUUCCGUAAGUAUGCGGUUUCAAGCAAAAGCUUAAAUCCUAUAUACGAUAUUCAACGUAUUACAAGUAGCAUACAGCAAAAUUAUCUAAGGAAAACAAUUCUUGAUGAACUUCAAACAGGACUUGACCCAGACCAAGUUGUACUCUUCAGCUCUAACCCAAAUACCGCAGAAUUUUUUCAAUAUGAUAGCGAUAUUUCCAAUACCUAUUGCAUCAAAAAAAUCAACCUUCCAAGUCUUUGCAGUGAAUCAACUUUACGAUUUCUGGCACAACAUUUAAAGUGUUUUGCAAAGUAUGUAUGUUGCUGGUCUAACAGGAAUUCACUAUUGAAGAAAGAAUCCGUGCUAAAAAGUGUUCCAUUAGAUCUUGUACAAAAACAGCAUGCAUGCUCAGAUACAUGUGGCUGUUGUGAGAACUGUCGACCAACUUCUACAGUUAAAGAUUAUGUGAUUUCACCGAGUAUUGAAGAUUGUACACUCCGAGAUCUACUGAACAAACGGCACAAAGAAGUCCAUAAUCCACCGAGUAAACCUUUGACAUUAAUUGAUAGGGCAUUGAUGUUUACUAAGAGAUCACAAAUCAAGAAAAGCAUAUUAACUAAAGCAAAUAGUAUUAUUCACACGGCUGAGACUAAAAUAAAAGCAUUAACGAAGAAAAGUACAGAUCAUGUUAUCGAGUUUUAUCAUCGGCCCACAUCGUAUACUAAAGUUGAAAGAUAUGAGACUCUAAACGUAAAUGGUAUAGAAACUUACACAAUGGUGGAAAGACGGAUCGAGUCAAAUUUACAAAAAGAUGAAACUUUGACUAAUAAUUGUACAGUUUUUAAUAAUAUAUGCUGUUGGAACAAACGCCAAAAAAUUUUAUACGAUCUAAAAGCGAGCCAUGAAACGCAAGAGAUAGUCAAAUUGAUAAAGACAAAACAUACCUGUCCUUUUAAAUGGUGUGUCUGUUGUUGCCCUCGUGCUGUCAAAUCUAACUUGUGCACAGAUACUACAUCAUCAAAAGUCUCGCCUCCCAAAAUUGAUAGCAAUAAAGCUCCAGCUAAAAAAACUACAAAGACACCACCACCCUGCGGCCGAAAACAAGUUAUAGUUAAUGCACGUAAGGAAAUGACUACUAAUGAUAAAAAUAAUGUAGCAAAUGUUAUUAAAAACUUUAACGGUUUGCGUUUAGCUAUAGAUAAAGAUAAAAAAGUUCAAGCAUUAUUAAGUAACGUAAAAAACAUUGCAGCUCUUUCGACCACGGCACUGUCUCAACUAAAAGCGCUUCUUGAACAAGCACAAGUUAUUGCAGACCGUUAUAAUAUUGAAUCUGGUACACAAUUAGCUCAUAUUUUGGGCAUGCAUGUAAGUCCUGUGCACACACUUCCCUCUAAUAUUCCAGUAACUGCUGCUUGUGUCAAGAAGCCUGCCUUAGAUAUGCCUGUAAUCACAACUGCACCCUCCUUGCCGAAUCCUGUGCCACUGCAACCCAAGCCAAAUUACUGCAUUAUAAAAAUGAAACCGAUCCCUACUGAUGUUACUCAAAAGCAGGCUGUCUAUGUAACCAAUACCACACCAAAAUGUCAACCUACGCAUUUUGAUGGAGCCGUAAAUUUACUCGCUAAAGCAACUGUUUCCGAUACAACUGUUAUCAAAACGAUGCCUAUAAUUACUAGUGUCACAAGUCUUGGAUCAGGCAACUCCUCAGCGGUUCUAAUACCAAACAAUCUAACACCUUCAGUUACAAAAACUUCAAAAGAUUUAACACCGGCAGUCAUCAGAGUCCGCAAAGAAAUAUGUAAAUCGCAAACAAUAACUGAGCCGGUAGCAUCAACAAGUGCUGGUUUGUGGUAUAAAACACCAGAUAACAAACCUAUUACAGACGACAUAAAUGAUGCAACGGAAUCAGUAGUAUACAACGUGAAUAGUGAAGAAUAUCAACGAAAUUUACUGGAUGCUGAGACAGGCGAAGAAGUCAAAACAAACUUUGAUGAUGAUUGGGAUUUAGCUACGCUCAAAAAGAACAUAAUUUCUGAUAUGAUAGAUAUAAAGGAAGAUCAAAUCAGUGAAUAUGGAUCCGAUAUCAACAAAAUUGACCAUCAGUAGUGGUAAAUUAAUUAAAUAAGUAGGUACUUAUAGAUAAGGUAACUUAAAAUCUGUGAUCAAUGUUAGUAAUAUUGAAUUGAAGUAAUAUUGAAUUAUAAUUGUUAAAAAAGUGUAAUAUACUUAUAGGUACUCACUAGUUUAUAUUAUCUGUGGUAAUAUAAAGCUACUUAUCCACAAUUUUAUUACAAUAAUUAUUUGAAUCUCCUUCCGUUAGUGUCCUCUAGAAGUGAUUGUCCACUAUGUAGGUACCGCAGCGAUCGCCCCCGCCUAGCGCCUGCUUCAUGUUGUUUAAUAUUUAUUAUUUAUCUGCUCACGUUAUAAUUUAUAAUUGUUAGUAAUUUAACUCUGUUCUGCAUUGUUACUAACACUUACUAUGGACUAUGUGGUCUGAAAAUAAAUAUUUAUUAUUAU